CUCUCAUUUGCGUUUGGCUCGCUUCAGAAUUCUUGAACACCCGAUCGUUGACGAACAGCCGUUGACGGUGCUAUGUAUCCGCUCCAGAAUCGAUGAUUACGACAUUUGACUUCUGCGCAGCCGAACUCGUUCGGCGCUGUUUUGUUUCAAGGUCAGUGCGGCGGACAUGGGAAUACGUCUCAGACAUCCCCCCACCCCGUCCAGUUCCCGCUCCCAUCCCAACCCAAGCUCGAACUGUAACUGGAGCUGGAGCUCGCCCACAAAAGAUGUCACUCACGCAAUCGCCUUGCAAACAGCCGCGUACGAACGUGGGGUUUUGAGUUUGCUUGUUGACGUAGUAUAACCUUCGUCUGCUCACUGACUGCUCCUUAUAUAAUAGAAGUCACCAGUAUCGAUCGCGACAAUACUGUUAUGGUCGGUUUGGCGACGACGCACACGUUAUUCGCAACACCCCAGUAUUUGCCAACCGGAAAAGACAAUUGCAAAACACAGUCGAAAUGAACACGGAGGAUGAAAACCUGGGACCUCUAGUCCGCCUAUGGGGCAUCCGGACGGAGCAGCUCCCGGCCUCGAGCGCAACAAAAGCUGACUUGGCGCCGUUCCUGAUCGCCGUGCUGCAGGAGGCGGUCCCCUUCAUCGACGCCGUCGCGCCCAAGGACGGCACGGCGCGACCUAAUGAGUGGAAGGCCAAAGGCACCAAGACUUUCCCCGAGUCGACGGCGCCCGUUGAGCAGUACGAGCGCAUCAUCUCCGCUGUCGAGCUCGAGAAGGAGGCGGCGCGGAACCAGCUGCCGAACAACAACUCCAUCUCCACUGAGACGUGGGCAUGCCGGAGGAGUGUUCACAAGGAUCGGCCGGGCAAAGGGACAGCGGCGUGGGAGGAGUUUGUCAAGUGUUUCAAGGACGACCACGUCGAGGCCGAGAAGGCCUUCACGCCGAACGUGAUGGAGACUAGGGAGGCACUGAUGUGGGACUGUAAGGGUGUCGUUGUCGAGGAAGCGGGGCUUUUAUGGGAGGAUUUCAAGGUCGGUGUAUCGGAGAUCAAGCACAAGUUGGGAAUGCCGCUCAAGAACCGCGUGUUUCCCGAGCUCAUCGUCUCGGCCAAGGCGAGGGGCGUUGACGAGUUCGUGGUCGUGUCGAUGCCCGUAACGGACCUGGCGGAGUCGGACCAAGGGCAGCUCGUCAAGGAUAAAGGCGUUGUGGUCGGCGCGUACGUUAGUGUCGAGAGAGUGCGAAGGCUACCAACCGGCGCGAUUGAGUGGAUUAUGGCGACGGCUUCGGAUGCUAAGGGGAUGUUACCGGUGUGGAUCCAGGCUAAGGCUGUGCUUGGAGUCGUGUCAAAGGAUGUUGCGCUCUUCAUGGGAUGGAUUGCUGAGGAGCGGGAGCAGGGAACGAGCGUGGGCAAGUGGACCGCCGUCAAGGGUGAUGGAGGUGGUGGAGAGGUUCGCCCGGGCAGCAACAAUCGUAAGGCUUCGGUUGCAUUGGAGGAUGGGGAAUCGUCGACUGUGCAGGGAAGGUCUCCGAGGCAAGGCGUGCCUUCAAGGAACGGGAAGGAUCUGGCUGUGGGAGGUACAAACGGGACAAAUGGGCAGGUUCAUGCUUGAAAAGGGGCGUUGUAAAACCCAAUUUGUAUCUGUGAGAUACCUACCUAACAUACAACAACAUAAAAGGGGCUAAUUGUUUAGGUGCUUAGCGAUCAUCGGGCUCAAUAAUGAAGGAUCAAUUACAUACCUACCUACCUACCU